UCCACUCAGAGAACUGUCUAGUCGCUAGACAGAAACAGCUAGAUGCCUUUUCCCAAAUACUGAUGGUUUCGAAUAUUGUGACAAAGCUAGAAAGAACACAGCAUCUCUAGUAAAGCAAAAGAAACUCCAUCAUUUCCAUUCUGGACUGAGGGAUCAAGUCAUAUUCUGUUCUGAGUGCCAAGAUCAACACACAGGGUUCUGAAUGAAUGAGUGGGUCGGCCAUGACGUCAAUGUGGUGGGACCUUUACAGAUCCCACCCAGUGAUGGGUUCCCCCUAUCAGAGAGCUUACACUUUUUUGAUAUUCUGGCAGAACAAAACAGUCCUUUGCUUCAGGACCAGGAGGUCCUGCCCUUCACCAGCUAUCCUAGCAUGCAGUGCACCUCUGUGGAGCCAUCCAUAUCAUCACCACCAUACUACUCCAGUCAGCACUGCUACCCACAAUACAGUGGGGAGGAGUGGUACUCUCCAUCCACAGUGUUUGAGAUGAGGAAAGGACCGAUGGAGGGUGGCUAUGAUAAUGAAAUGGAAGAGUCUUUCCCCAUCGUCCCAACUGUGUGCAAAAGGUCCAGACAUGCUGCCCACUCAGGAAGGAGCAAAGGCGAGGAACUGUGUGUGGUGUGUGGAGAUAAGGCCUCAGGGUAUCACUACAAUGCUCUCACAUGUGAGGGCUGUAAAGGUUUCUUCAGAAGAAGUAUCACAAAGAAUGCUGUAUAUAAGUGUAAGAACGGAGGAAACUGUGAGAUGGACAUGUACAUGCGCAGGAAAUGCCAAGAGUGUCGACUCAGGAAGUGCAAAGAAAUGGGCAUGCUUGCGGAAUGCUUGUUAACGGAAAUCCAGUGCAAAUCCAAACGGCUGAGGAAAAAUACAAAAGCCUCAUCUGACGAAAGUAUAGGAGAUGAUGUUAGUGAUAGCAGAGAUGUGAAACAGGUUGUAUCUACCACUAGACCAUCCAAGGAAAACAUAGAACUGAGUCGAGACCAGCAGGCUUUAAUAAGUUACAUUGUUGAUGCUUACAAUAAACAUCGCAUCCCUCAAGAUAUGGCUAAAAAACUGCUACAAGAGCAGUUCAAUGAAGAGGAAAACUUCCUUCUACUAACAGAGAUGGCAACUAGUCAUGUCCAGGUGCUCGUUGAGUUCACAAAAACGAUACCAGGUUUUCAGUCUCUGGAUCAUGAAGAUCAGAUCGCUUUAUUGAAAGGUUCUGCCGUAGAGGCAAUGUUCCUCCGCUCAGCUCAGGUCUUUACCAAGAAACUGCCUCACGGACACACAGAGGUGCUAGAGGACAGGAUUAGAAAGAGUGGGAUAUCCGAGGAGUUUAUCACCCCCAUGUUUAACUUCUAUAAAAGCAUUGGAGAGCUGCAGAUGAUGCAAGAGGAACAUGCUUUGCUCACUGCCAUCACAAUCCUUUCACCAGACAGGCCAUAUGUAAAGGACCAGCCAGCAGUGGAACGUCUACAGGAGCCCAUGUUGGAGGUGCUGAGGAAGUUCUGUAAGCUACAGCACCCUCAGGAGCCCCAGCACUUCGCACGGCUACUGGGACGUCUAACUGAACUACGCACUCUCAACCAUCACCAUGCUGAGAUGCUGGAGUCAUGGCGCAUGAGUGACCACAAGUUCACUCCCCUUCUCUGUGAGAUCUGGGAUGUUCAGUGACUCUGAGGGAGGAACAAAUAAUGGGUUAAUGGGCGGGCCAAAGACUUUUAUUGACUUUUAAUGCCAAAGCUGCCAAAGAGAGGAGUUUACACUUUUGAGAGGACUUAAACUUAACAUGCUGUCUUGUCAAGCUUCAAGUAGAACAUUGUUCAUCUUUGUUCAUCAGUUGUCUAAGACACUGCCAGCUCUUCAAGGGGAGACAUUUGAUGGACACAUGAAUAUUCAUAUUUUAAUGCCUUUGUUAAUGUUUUCCUGGACUUUGCAACUUGGCACCUUGGUUUGUCUAAAAAAUCUACUGUUCAUAUUAAGAUUGCAUGGCUUUUUACACUUGUCUAUUUGUGCAUUGUAUUAUUAAUCUAAAUAUUUUAAGGUACUUAAAAAUAUGUAUUGCCUGACCUGUGGUUCUUCUCAUUCUUCUCACUUUUUGAGAAUCAUGUAAGAUCACAGACAGUUUAUGUUUAUGUGAAUGAUGUUGUUUACCAGUCUGAGUUAAUAAGAAAUUCUGUAAAAACAGUAUAUAAAUAAAUGUACAUAGUACAUUCAUGUGCAAAAUUUGUAUUGAGACACAGGUACACUUUCAGACUUUAACUG